CCUCCUCCCUGCUCGCGCGCUCCCUCCCUCCUCUUCCCCUCCCCAGGCCGCCGCCGCCUCCUCCUCCUCCUCCCUUUCUCUCUCGAUCUGUCUCUCCCGGCCCGGAAUCCAUUCCGGCCUGGGAGCCGGAGCGGCCAGGCCGCCGUGUGCCCGAACCCCUGGCCGUCCGGCGGUCGGUCCUCCGGUGCGUCUGUCUGCCGGUGCGUCCGCCUGCCCGCCGGCCCAGAGCACAGAGGCUCAGAGAAGUGGAGUGACUUCCCAGGUAUGAGAGAGAGCACCAGGAUCUGAUACCAGUCCCACAAACAAGUCCCCUGUUAGAGCAUGCACCGCCUGAGGCAGGACCUGGCCAGUUCAUCUCUGUGUCUCCCUGUGGUGACUGGCAGAGGGCUUGCUGUACAGCUGGUGCUGUGAAUACUAUACCAGGGAGCAGAUGAGGACGCUGAGGCCCAGAGAGGGGAAGUGACUUGCCUAGGGUCACACAGCGGGGAGAGGUAGAGCAGGGCCUCUAGUCCGAGACCGCCGACUCUACACCUGGUGUUCGUGCCGAGACCUCAGGCUGCUUCCCAGGUCCUCUGGGAUAGCCCCUGCCUUGCACCAGCAGGACCAUGGGCAGCAACAAGAGCAAGCCCAAGGAUGCCAGCCAGCGGCGCCGCAGCCUGGAACCUGCUGAUAACACCCAUGGCGGCUGUGGCGGCGGCGGCGGCGGCGGCGGUGGCGGCGGCGGCGGCGGCGGCGGCGGGGGUGCCUUCCCCACCUCACAGACCCCCAGCAAGCCGGCCUCCGCUGAUGGCCACCGGGGCCCCAGCACGGCCUUCGCCCCUGCAGCCGCCGAGCCCAAGCUGUUCGGAGGUUUCAAUUCCUCCGACACAGUCACCUCCCCGCAGAGGGCGGGGCCCCUGGCUGGCGGAGUGACCACCUUUGUGGCCCUCUAUGACUAUGAGUCGCGGACAGAGACUGACCUGUCUUUCAAGAAAGGGGAGCGGCUCCAAAUUGUCAACAACACAGAGGGAGACUGGUGGCUGGCCCACUCACUCAGCACAGGACAGACGGGCUAUAUCCCCAGCAACUACGUCGCGCCCUCCGACUCCAUCCAGGCCGAGGAGUGGUACUUUGGCAAGAUCACCAGACGGGAGUCAGAGCGGUUACUGCUCAAUGCGGAGAACCCAAGAGGGACCUUCCUAGUGCGAGAAAGUGAGACCACGAAAGGCGCCUACUGCCUCUCAGUGUCUGACUUCGACAACGCCAAGGGCCUCAACGUGAAGCACUACAAGAUCCGCAAGCUGGACAGCGGCGGCUUCUACAUCACUUCCCGCACGCAGUUCAACAGCCUGCAGCAGCUGGUCGCCUACUACUCCAAACACGCUGACGGCCUGUGCCACCGCCUCACCACUGUGUGCCCCAUGUCCAAGCCACAGACUCAGGGCCUGGCCAAGGACGCCUGGGAGAUCCCCCGGGAGUCGCUGCGGCUGGAGGUCAAGCUGGGCCAGGGCUGCUUCGGAGAGGUGUGGAUGGGGACCUGGAAUGGUGCCACCAGGGUGGCCAUCAAAACUCUGAAGCCCGGCACGAUGUCUCCGGAGGCCUUCCUUCAGGAGGCCCAGGUCAUGAAGAAACUGAGGCAUGAGAAGCUGGUGCAGCUGUACGCGGUGGUGUCUGAGGAGCCCAUCUACAUCGUCACGGAGUACAUGAGCAAGGGGAGUUUGCUGGACUUUCUCAAGGGGGAGACGGGCAAGUACCUGCGGCUGCCUCAGCUGGUGGACAUGGCUGCUCAGAUCGCUUCAGGCAUGGCGUACGUGGAGCGGAUGAACUAUGUCCACCGAGACCUCCGUGCUGCCAACAUCCUGGUUGGAGAAAGCCUCGUGUGCAAAGUGGCUGACUUUGGGCUGGCUCGGCUCAUCGAAGACAAUGAGUACACAGCCCGGCAAGGUGCCAAGUUCCCCAUCAAGUGGACGGCUCCAGAAGCUGCCCUCUAUGGCCGGUUCACCAUCAAGUCAGACGUGUGGUCCUUCGGGAUCCUGCUGACAGAGCUCACGACAAAGGGACGGGUGCCCUACCCCGGGAUGGUGAACCGCGAGGUGCUGGACCAGGUGGAGAGGGGCUACCGGAUGCCCUGCCCGCCCGAGUGUCCCGAGUCUCUGCAUGACCUCAUGUGCCAGUGCUGGCGGAAGGACCCGGAGGAGCGGCCCACCUUCGAGUACCUGCAGGCCUUCCUGGAGGACUACUUCACGUCCACCGAGCCCCAGUACCAGCCCGGAGAGAACCUAUAGGGCGUGGGCUGCAGGGCCAGACUGCCUUCUUGGCUUGAUCCUGAGCUGGGUGGCCCCUGACGUGGGGUCUUGCCUGCCUCUGCCUGUCCGCCCCCCGUUGAUCCUCUCUGUGGGGCUGAAUUGCCAGUGACGAGGCCCCUCCCUCUUUUGUGGCAUGGAAGGGCUUGGGGCCUGGGGCCGCCCUGGGGGCGGGGUCCAAGGCUGGCGCAGUGACUGUGCCCCGGCCCCUGGCCAGCCGCACACCUCCUCCCUGCGUUCCCUCCUGGAGCUCUGUGCGUCUCAGCAGGAGGAACUGGGAAGAAGGGCCGGGCUGAGGGCACCCUUUUCUUAGCCUCAACCUACUGCACGCACUGGCCCUUUCCCACUUCCACGCCACCCCAGGUCUGUCUGCAGAGAUAGCCAAAGAGCCUUUCCAAAGAGGAGUGAUGGGCCACUGGCCCUCGGCCUGCCUGCCACCCUGCUCCUUGCCACCCAUUUCUGAAACGCCUGUUGGUGGAGGCUGCUCGGUCCAGCCCCCUCUGCUGUGGAUCCCAGGCUGGUGAGACCUAGCUUGACUUGUUGCUGGUGGGUGGGGUGGACACCUCCCUCAAACCCUGCCCUUCUUAGACCUGAGGGAUCCUUAGAGAUCUUCAAUUCCUUGUCCCCAUACUACCCAUGGGGAAACUGAGUCCAGAGAGUGGAUGUGACUUGCCCAAGGCCACAGAGCAGUUCAGGGUUGAGGUGGGAUUGGAACCUGGUGCUCCCUCUGUCUUCCUCAGGAACCAACAGGAUUGUCCUUGGAGGCACUGUGGACAGACUGGGGCAGCCCAGGGGACAAGGGGCCUGAGGACGGGUUAGAGAUAGCAGAGAGAGUCCUGCUGCCUCUGUUUGCUCAGUGGGCUAUUGUGGGGGGAGAGAGUGGAGGUAGAUGUGGGGCUGAGCUAGAAAUGAAAGGUACAAGGGUAGGGAGGCAGGUUUCAAUCAGAAGGUGGGAGGUAUUUGACCUUUGGAGCUAGCCAAUCAUGAAAGGGAGUGAGCUCACCGGCUCUGGAGGCAAUCAAGCAGAAAUAGAAGAUCCAAAUGAUUGGGAGGCCCUGGCCUCAGGAAGGAACCCCAGGUCCUCCUUCACCCAGUUUGUCCUGUGUCAUUUCAACGCCUGGCCCCUGCUCUUCUCCCCAAGUUGGCACCUUUAACUCACGAGUACGGAAAGGAGUGCCUAGACUGGGGUGAGGAGGGAGGACUGGGGUGUCUAUUGCCACACACCAGGACUGGCUGUGUGCUCUCGGGCAGCCCCUGCUUCCUUCUCUGGGCUGCAGUGUCUGCCUCCAUUUGUGGCCAUGGCCUCUGCAACUGCUCCACUCCUGUCCAGACCCUGUGGCCUGGCAUCACGUGGUGAGCUCAGCCCAUGGCAUCAGGAGACCGUGUUUUGGCCCUUGGGCUAUGUGGUGGCUUCUCCCUGGACCUCAGUGUGUCCUUCUUAAAUGGGGCAGCCAACAGUUUGUAGGCAUCUUGCCAAGGGCCCCUGUGUGCGUGUGUGUGUGUGUGUGUGUGUGUGUGCACGUGUAUGUUCCUCCAUGUGUGUUCAUAUUUAACAUGUAAAAACGCCCUCUGCUCUGUCCCCCAGACCUGUUGUACAUUUCACCCACAGCCCCCCAUCACAGCAAUAACGUUCCUGCUGCCAGGGGUUCUCGAGCCAGCCAGGCCCUGCCAGUGGGGAGGGAGGCCAAGUGGUACCUGCCUGUGAAAUUUCAACUCUUCCUUUCAUACAUGUUUAUUACCCAAGUCUUCUCCUGUCCCGUCUCCGUCCCAGUCGAAUCUGGACUCACUUACCCCAGCGCGCUCCCAAAUCCCCUUCUGACUGCCCAGUGUCCUUUGUAUAAGGUGUCCUAAUACUGUCUUUUUUUUUUUUUUAAACAAACAGUGUUUUGUAGAUUUCAGAUGACUAUGCAGAGGCCUAGGGGACCCCCGGCUCUGGGCAGGGCCUAGGGUUCCUGCGUUCCACGGCCGAGGCCUGUGGGGGGAGGGGGGAUUUGGAAUUGGUUGUAAAUACUUUGCAUAUUGUCUGAUUAAACACAAACAGACCUCA